UUUUUACAGUUAGCUAUUUUCGCACUUUUGAAUAAUUAUGAUGAUUAUCUGCUGGUUGUUCGCAUGUUUAAAUAUUAAUUUAUGCUAAAUAUUCGCAUUAAAUUCAAAUUCUUUUGUGGUGAAAAUUGUUUUUAUGGUUGGAAUCGCGGCUCUUGCCAAAUUUAUCAUCUUCUUAAUAUUCGAUUUCUAUUUCGUUGAAAUUGCUCCGAUUUAAAGUGUAUUUAGUUUGUGUCAAUAUCUGCAUCAAAAUCUGCAAAAAUUAUUCAGACAGGUGUCGUUCAUCGGUAAAGAUGAAUUCCGUUAAAUUUAUUACAAUAUUAUUGAUAAGUUGGAGUUUUCAUCUCAAUAACGCUGAAGAUGAUUUCGAUAGUAAAUCUUCAAAUUCGAGUGGAACGUUUGAUACGAAUUUCUCAAACAAUGUGGGCGACAGCAGCAAUACCAAUAGUACCGAAGCUCGGUUGGAGGAAGGGAGCCCAGAAGGUGUGAAUGCUUUCAAAUCUCUAAAUGCCAAUUCAAGUGGACCAUUCGAUAUAGAGCCGGUUGGCGAUAGUAAAGCUAGUGAAAAACACAAAAUUAUUGGAAGUCGAGUGUUGAAAAUAGAAGAAGCCCCUUACCAUGUUGCAUUAUUUCGUAAUAAUUACUUUAUUUGUGCGGGUUCAAUUGUCAGCCGUGAUUGGAUUGUGACAGCGGCCCACUGUGUUAAUGGUGGUGGAAGUUUUGGCAUACGAUUCGGGACUACAGACUGCCGAAAAGGUGGUCAAAUUCGUCACAUUACCACUGUGGUCAUAAACAGACGUUUUAAAAUCAGGUCCUUGGACAACGACAUAGCAAUGCUUCAAGUCAAUAAACCAUUUCAAUGGUCUUCAGGUGUAUUACCGCUCAGCUUAUCCACUGAGUUUUCCAAAUUUCCUCGAAACACUAUAGUAACUGGCUGGGCGAGUAUUGAAGAAAAUAAUGGUCCAGAAUUGUCUUUGGGUGCUUCAAGAAUUACCACUGUGCCGCUCAGAGUUUGCCGCAAAUUAUAUGAUGACGUAUAUCCUAUUACGAAAAAAAUGAUCUGUGGAAAUUCAACUGGUGUAGGUUUGUGCCAAGCUGAUUCCGGCAGUCCUCUGGUACACGAUGGCAUACUUUAUGGCAUAGUUACUCUGGAUGUCGAGUGUAAUCGGCGAAAUACGCUUGGCCUCUACACGGAUGUUCGCAAACAAUACAAAUGGAUUCAGAAUGUAGUGCUGAAGCAUGGCGGUCAAACACCUAUUACCGAAAUUGAACUCAGUCAAUUUAAAAUGUUCUUUUCCGAAGAAGUGAGCCGACGACUUAAGUUUUUAGCGACUGUUAUUGGUAGUUAUUACAACACCAAGAUGUGGAGGCUGAAGAUCAUAUUAAUCUGUGUGCGGCUUAUCCUACAAAUUGAAAACGCCAGUGGACAAAUUUCAAACACUACACUUUUGGGAGAGGAUCUAGAUGGAUUCAAUUACAUUACCAAAACGAAACUUAACAAAGGCAACAAUACACGGAUAGUCGGAGGAAAGCCGAUUAAUAUACGUCAGGUACCGUGGCAAGUUGCUCUAUACAAUGAUGGAUAUUUCAUUUGUGGCGGAUCUAUAAUAAGCCCUGACUGGGUUGUGACGGCAGCACAUUGCGCUGAAGGAGGUGGUAGCUUUGCUAUUCGAGCCGGUUCACCAUAUCUUAAUCGUGGCGGCCAAAUACGCUGGGCUCGUCUUGUUGUUGUACAUGCCGGCUACAGUGCUCGCACCGGAAGUCGAGAUAUUGCCUUAAUUCGUGUUUACACCAGAUUUCGUAUUACCAAUUUUGUGCGGCCCAUUGCUAUUGCGCGAAGUCGAAGACGUUUGCCGAAAAAACUUUUCGUAAGUGGCUGGGGUAGAAUCAGUGAAAAUGGACGGGUACCGAAUCGUUUAAGAGGCGUUGGUUUGCAGAAAAUGUCGCGCCGAAAGUGUCGAGGAAAAUAUCACAAAAAAGGAAUGAAAAUAACCAAGUUUAUGAUCUGUGCAACGCAACCGAAAAAAGAUGCUUGCCAGGGUGACUCUGGCGGGCCAUUGGUUCGACGACGAAUCCUUUAUGGUAUUGUGUCGUUUGGUAUUGGCUGUGCACGUCCAAAAUAUCCUGGAGUUUAUACAAAUAUUCGGCGAUUAAAUAAAUGGAUCCGAAAGGUGGUGAGACGUUGGGUCGGUUUCAUAUUUUUUCUCAACAUUAAAUAUAGUUUGGCACAAUUACGAAACGUUACCUUAUUCCAAAAGGGCAUUGAUGACUUGGAUUAUUUUGAUCCGAAAAUCUACAAUGUCAACGGAACGCGUAUAGUUGGCGGUAGACCAAUUAAUAUUCGACAGGUGCCGUGGCAGGUUGCGCUCUACGACAAUGGAUAUUUCAUUUGUGGUGGAUCGAUAAUAAGUGCUGAUUGGGUACUGACGGCAGCACAUUGUGUUGAAGGCGGUGGCAGAUUUGCUGUUCGUGCCGGUUCGUCAUAUGCCAAUCGGGGUGGACAAAUUAGACGGGCCCGUCUUGUGGUUAUGCAUGCUCGAUAUAAUACUUAUACAGCCAAUCGCGAUAUUGCUAUGAUCCGUGUAAAUCGACGUUUUAUAUUUAAUCGAUUCGUAAGACCCAUAGUGCUGACACGCACAGGAAGGCGUCUGCCACAACGAUUUUUUGUUAGUGGUUGGGGUUCGCGUCGAGAAGGUGGAUCAGCAACACAGCGUUUAAGAGGUGUAACAAUUGACAGGCUCAAUCGAAGACGGUGUCGGGCAAAAUAUGCCAGAGCCGGUGUUCCCAUUACUCAUUUUAUGUUUUGUGCCACAACACCGCAGAGAGAUACGUGUCAAGGUGAUUCUGGCGGGCCCAUUGUGCGUAGACGAAUACAAUAUGGAAUUGUAUCUUUUGGUAUUGGAUGUGCUCGUCCAAGAUUUCCGGGAGUCUACACAAAUAUAAGAAGAUUAAACAGAUGGAUUCGUAAUGUAAUACGACGUCGAGGUGGAAGAAUGCCAAGAUUUAGUUAAUUUUUGUUUUAAGCGCAUUCAUUUCUAUGG